AUGGCAGACGAUCUCUUCGACAAGAUCAGGCAUCAGACCAGCUCCAAGCUGGAGAAUCAGCGCCAAGCUGCAUUGGUACUGCGAGCUGUAGAAGAUACUAUAAAAGAGCAAGGCGAAGAGCUUGUUCCGCUAGCUUAUUUCGGUGCUAUGAUGACGAUGCUAGAGCAACAACAAGCAGUUAAAGCAACUGAAUCAGAACAAGAACAGCUUGUAAUUGCUGUUACUUAUCUGUUAUCGUUUGUUUUCCCAAGGAUACCGCCAGCUGUAUUCCGUGCAAAACUCUCUGAUAUUGCAACCCCCUUAACGGCCACGUUGGAGUCGCAUGUACAGAAUGCGCCAAUCACUCGUGCCGUCCUGACAUGUAUAGAAUGCUUGCUACUACCACAAGACCUAUCAUCAUGGUCUCAACCAACAUGCAAAAGUCUCUUUGUCACAUUAUUAGGAAUAGCUCUAGAUAUCCGACCCAAAGUCAGACGGCGAGCACAAGAUGGUGUCCGUCGCCUUCUAUCGCGUCCACCACCGCCUAGCACGCUUCAUCCAUGCACGUUAACUGUCAUUGAAUAUUGUCAGAACUUGGUAAACGGCAUAUCAAAUGGCCAAGAGGAUAAAAAAUCAAAAGAGCAAGCUGGACUACAUUUAUUAGGUUUCCUCAAAUCCAUGUUACCCAUCAUAGCGCCUCAAUCUAGUAAUGACAAGACUCGUGAAGCGUUUGAAGCACUGUCAAAUUCAAUCAUUAAUUUGGCUAUAAAGGGAUCCGUCACUGCUACGCCCAUGAUGACACAGCUAGUAUAUGAUACUUUUACUGCAUUAUUCCCCGUAUUAUCUGAUGAAGAAGAAUUAUUGAGCAUUGAACUGGCUGAUAGCAUUCUUCAGUCAUUGAUGCAAGUACGACCUUACCAAAACGAUGUUGUGCUCACUCCGGCAUGGCUGGCAUUGGUAGCUCAAGGUCUUGUCUGUCUCUCUGGCAAACUAAGAAAAAUCGAAUCAGAUCCUGCCUCGGUCGAGGAACGUGCAUACGCUACUCAAGGGUAUCCAACCUUGUUUGCUUCCUUCUUUGCCAAAACCUUUACGCCAUAUCUCGGCAGUAGCAGUAAACCUAUCGUGCUGGAAAAGACUGUAGAGGCUUUCACUCAUGUCAUAAAGAAUGGUGUCUUGGAAUCUAUGCUGCUUGAUGUCGGUGGUGGUGACGACAUGGAAACCAUAGAUGAUGAAUCGGCUAUAGAGUCUGUUUAUUCUGUCAUCAAAUUGGUCAACGCGUCGCUGAUUAAUGCACGAUAUCGUGAUGCUUGGGGUGGGAUAUUGAAGUUAGCUCAGUCUAUUUUUGAGCGAUGUGGAAUCAGACACUUCAAUCUAGUUAGAAACACCCUCAUUCAAAUAGUCAGCAUCAGAGAUGAUUCAUCAUACGCUUCCAGCUUCCCCUUUAGAGCAGAACUCGAGGGUGCAUUAGAACAUGCAACUCGAUGCUUUGGUACUGAACUCUUCACAUCAGCCGUAUCGCUCAAUGUCGAAAAAGAAGACCCAUCACAACCACCGCGACCAUACCUUUUGGCAUUGUUUGGUAAAGCUUUGCCUCAACGUAAUGCCACAUCAGCAAUAGCAUUCGGACCACCAGCCAUUCGAUUCUUUGUAUCGCAUUGGAUUCCGUUUGCUACUAGAAUGAUAGAAAAGGCAUCAGAUUAUAAAGCUAAAAACCGUGACCUCGAGUAUAAAUUGUAUGAAACACUAGCCAAACAGACUUGGGAUUUGUUGCCUGGUAUUUGCGCAUCACGUCCUCGUGAUGCGUAUGACCAUUUUGGUAAACUAGGUCCAACGCUGGGUACCAUCUUACAAACACAACCUGAAAAUGUAUUUGCCAAUCACCCUAUUGCACCUGAUUUACGACCUGUAGUAUGUACAUCGUUGUCGCUUUUAGUGGAGGGGUUCUUGGAGUUGUCUAGUGUCAGUGUAGAUGAAGAAGGUCAUGAUCCCGAACAACAACGAAUGCUAGGCGUAAAGCAACGAGCUACCGCAGGAUUGACAGUCUUGAAGAACUACGCUAAACGAUUUUUGAGUGUGUUGUGUAAUAAUUAUACUCAAGUGCCUCCAGAGUUACUUGCUGCCAAGGCCAAAGGCCAAGCUCUGCAAGAAAUGCACGAGAAGGCCAACCAGUACUAUAAGGCAGCCAUCUCUAGUUUCCUCAAAAUUGUGGACAGUUCAGUCGUGGAUGAUCACUUCUUAAACGUGAUGAAGGCCUUGUUGGCGAUGCAAUCGGCAGGCGAUGCAUCAGCUCAACAAAUAGCGAAACUCCGUAGUUACUCUAUGCACGAUCUGUUAAUGAUGAUGCUUCCACACCUCUCUCCAGACAGAGUAUCAGAAGAUUCACCAUUCUCGCUCUUCCACAAAUUCCUGUUGGGAGAACUCAAAGAAACUGAUACCCUACUCCAAAAACGUGUAUACCGUUGUAUAUCAGUGCAACUUGAUCUGGCUACUGCUCCGGGCCGUUUAGACAUGAAGGAGCUGAGUACCAAGCUCAUGGAUACAGACGUAGUAGCAAACUGUGCAUCAGGAUCGAAAAAGGCUAGAUUGGGAUGUCUUGGACGUAUUGUAGAAGCCAUUCCCGUCAGUGAAGCUCCAAUCUUGCUUGCUUUUAUACCGCAAGUGCUUGGAGAAGUAUUAUUGGGCACCAAAGAGGCUAGUGAAAAGGCUCGUGUAGCUUCAUACGAAUGUCUCGUAUCGAUGGGUCGUAAAAUGUUGGAAUGUGGACAGGAGGACGAUGAUGAUACUCUUUGGGGUGAUAUUGGAGAGGAGGAAGACGAUGAAGAUAUGGAGUCUGCUGCUGAUGCCGAUAAAGCUGCUAAUGCAAUGGAAACGGAUGAUAAACCAACUGCUGUCAGGAAGCUGUCAUUUAAAGAGUAUUUGAUGAUGGUGGUCGCUGGAUUGACUGAUUCAUCUGCUCAUAUGCAAAGUGCAUCUAUAUCGAGUUUGUCGAGGUUGCUCUUUGAAUUUAAAGAUUUCUUGUCAGAGUCUAUAGUCAAAGAAAUCCUAACAGCCGUUCUCUUCUUUGUUGAAUCCCCUCAACGAGAAGUAGUCAAGGCUGCUCUCGGCUUUGUCAAGGUUGCGAUUGUAGCGUUGGCACCUGAAAUACUGGAAGGACAUCUUGAAAUCAUUAUUACAGCCAUAUUGAAGCACUCUCGUGACACUCGCUCACACUUUCGUCAAAAAGUUCGACACAUCAUUGAACGUCUGAUCCGACGAUUCAGUUUUGAAGCUGUAGAAGGAUUCAUCCCAGAACCAGACCGAAAACUCUUGUCGAAUAUUCGUAAGAGACGAGAGAGAUCAAAGAGACAAAAGGCCGUUGAACGUCAUAAUGAAUCUGCAGCAGGUGUUUUGGAUGACCUGGAUGAUGAUGUCUUGCCAACUGGAUCAGCUUUAGCCAAGAGUCGUGCAUCUCGACAAAAGGAGUUUGAAGAUGUUCUUCAUGACUCUGAUAGUGAUUUGAAUUCGGAUAAUGAGGAUUUGGAUGAUUAUUUGCCUGAAGCGCUACGUGAUGGAUCAACUCAAAGGGGCCGGAAGAGUGGAACGUCGAUUCGAGAAGACCAGCAAGACGUCCUCGAUUUCCUUGACCCUCAAAUCGUUUCACGAGUAUCAUCAACAAACGCGAAACGCUCGAAAUCAACCUCAAAACCAUCGACAUCUAAAUCCAACAAUUUCUCAACAUCAAACGAUGGCCGAAUGGUCUUUGCUGAUUCCGAUGAAGAAGAAGCAGCGAAUGCCAAACCAGUUGCUCCCGAUUACUAUAAACAGAGUCGUGAAGGAGAGUCGGCCUUCACACGAAUGGCAGAUGGUCGAAUCAAGUUUGCUAAAUUCAAUAAACGUAAACGAGAUGCAGAUGACGAUGAUGAGGAGAUGGAAGAGGGUGGUGGGAACGCUGGAUCUAAAAGGAACAAUAUUGGUAAAAAACGUGGUAGGGGUGAUUCUGGACGUCCGUUUGGAUCAGACUAUAAAGCUAAACAUGCUGGUGGUGAUGUCAAGAGGAAGGGUAAACCUGAUCCGUAUGCGUAUAUUCCUCUUAAUCGAAAGGGUGCGGGUAAAGACACAAAGAAAGGUGGUCGUCCAAGUAGUUUCAAGUCGAUAUUGAAACCUGAGAGGCCAAACCGAGGAGAACAGAAAGGUCAUUCCAAGUUUGGAAACAAGGGCCAUAAACGUAGAUUUUAA